UCGGCGGAGCGGCCCGGCCGGAGCGCCCCCCUGAGCUCGGACCAGGCUCCGGCUGCCCAGUGGGCUCAGGCCCAGAGCCCAGAGCAACCAGCACAAUAGCGUCCAACAGCUGGAACGCCAGCGGCAGCCCCGGGGAGGCCCGGGAGGAUGGGCCCGAGGGCCUGGACAAAGGGCUGGACAACGAUGCAGAGGGCGUGUGGAGCCCGGACAUCGAGCAGAGUUUCCAGGAGGCCCUGGCCAUCUAUCCACCCUGCGGCCGGCGCAAAAUCAUCCUGUCAGACGAGGGCAAGAUGUAUGGUCGAAAUGAGUUGAUCGCACGCUACAUUAAAUUGAGGACAGGGAAGACUCGGACGAGAAAACAGGUCUCUAGCCAUUUGCAGGUUCUAGCCAGGCGGAAAUCUCGGGAGAUUCAGUCCAAGCUGAAGGCCAUGAACCUGGACCAGGUCUCCAAGGACAAAGCCCUCCAGAGCAUGGCAUCCAUGUCCUCCGCCCAGAUCGUCUCUGCCAGUGUCCUGCAGAACAAGUUCAGCCCACCCUCCCCUCUACCCCAGGCCGUCUUCUCCACUUCCUCACGGUUCUGGAGCAGCCCUGCUCUCCUGGGACAGCAGCCUGGACCUUCUCAGGACAUCAAGCCCUUUGCACAGCCAGCCUACCCCAUCCAACCACCCCUGCCACCAACACUCAGCAGUUAUGAGCCCCUGGCCCCGCUACCCCCAGCUGCUGCCUCUGUGCCCGUGUGGCAGGACCGUACCAUUGCCUCCUCCCGGCUGCGGCUCCUGGAGUAUUCAGCCUUUAUGGAGGUUCAGCGAGACCCUGACACGUACAGCAAACACCUAUUUGUGCAUAUCGGACAAACAAACCCCGCCUUCUCAGACCCACCCCUGGAGGCCGUUGACGUGCGCCAGAUCUACGACAAGUUCCCUGAGAAAAAGGGUGGAUUGAAAGAACUCUAUGAGAAGGGGCCCCCUAAUGCCUUCUUCCUUGUCAAGUUCUGGGCUGACCUCAACAGCACUAUCCAGGAGGGCCCAGGAGCCUUCUAUGGGGUCAGCUCCCAGUACAGUUCUGCUGAUAGCAUGACCAUCAGUGUCUCCACCAAGGUGUGCUCCUUUGGCAAGCAGGUGGUGGAGAAGGUGGAGACUGAGUAUGCCAGGCUGGAGAAUGGGCGCUUUGUGUACCGGAUCCACCGUUCACCCAUGUGCGAGUACAUGAUCAACUUCAUCCACAAGCUGAAACACCUGCCUGAGAAGUAUAUGAUGAACAGUGUCCUGGAGAACUUCACCAUCCUGCAGGUGGUCACAAGUCGGGACUCCCAGGAGACCUUGCUUGUCAUUGCUUUUGUCUUUGAAGUCUCCACCAGUGAGCAUGGGGCCCAGCAUCAUGUCUACAAGCUUGUCAAAGACUAGGGUACCCUCUGAACCCCCCACCAGAACACAAGAGGAGCAUCUUCUCCAUAUACCUGCCUGGUACCUCCGGGGGUCCAGGAUUGAGGACUCAUCCACCUGCCAGGCCUAAGGCCCAGGACCCAGCAGGCCUCCCCACUACCCCAGCACAUACACUCCCUGCCACUAUUCUGCGCUUUAAUUGUGGGAGAAGAGAGAGGAAGGCUGGCAGUGGCACUAACUCUCCAUCACUCAGCUCUGCCCAGUUUUGAGUGACCUCCAAGAAGUGGGGAUGGAGGACACCUUUGGGCUUCAGCAUGUGUGUCCACUUGUCCCCCCUCCAGGGGAGUGUGAUGGGCAGGUGAGGUAGAAUGGAGAUGGGAGAGUCAGCAUGCAGAGGCUGAGGAAGGAGACUUUCAAGUCACAGCUAGCUUGAGAAAACAAAUGGGCCGCCACUUUAUUGCACCUUCUAUGUGCCAGGCCUGGUGCCAAGGCUCCUUAAAUGGCUUGUGCCAUCCUUAGACCCUGCAAAGCAAGCAUGGGUCUCUGUUUUAGGUGAAAUGUUGAGACUCCAAGAAGUUGAGGGACCCACAGGAGCGGUGGACAGAGCUGGAGUUCUCAUCCAGGGCUGCUUGUCCCCAGAGUCCAGGUUUACACUACCUCCCUGGAGCAGGAGCUGGCCAUAGGGUUGGGGAGGGCCUCUGUACUGGGAAUGAGGAGUGGCACCUCCUUGGGGGCCUAGACAAGAGCACCUUCUCCUAGAGUCCCCCAGGGCAGGAAAGCUCCUAUUUCUGACUAGGCAGGAAGAGGGGAGGGGAACAGCUACUAAGCACCUGUUAGCACCCUAUCAGCCUAUAAGCCACCCAGGGCCCCAGAAGCCUCUAGGCACCCCUCCAAGCUGCCCUGUCCCCGGGCAUGAGGUGCCUAUGGGCCCCAGCAUUCCCCAGAGGCAGGCCCAGGCUGAGAAAUAGGACUGAAGGCCAGGUAGAGAGGAAGAUGCAGUCCCAACCUCCAGGCAGACCAGAGACCAGGGGAGCAGGGCUGGCAGAAGGCUUUGAUAUUUCCACUUGGGUUUGACAAAUGCUUGGUGCACACUGCUCCAUUCUGUUCUUCUCCAACUCAGUCUGUCUUGGAACAGCAGCUCCCAGUUCUGAGACUGAAGGUUAACCCUUCCCCUGUUGCCCCUUCUCUGUACCCAGGUUCCUGAGGGCCAGCGUGGCCAGUCUAGGGGCCAGCCCUGGGUAUUUAUGCAUUCACAUGAAGUACUGUGCCCUUUCCUUCCUCAUCCACCAACCAUGCGUGAACUUCUGAUGGUCUUCACAGUUUGCAUAUCGCUCAGGCCACCUCCAGACCCCACCUAGGUUUUAUAAUGUAUAUUAUAUAUAUUUUUGUGUAUUUUUUAAAUCCAGCUAUGAUGGGUUGUAUCAUAAAUGUGGCUUGGGGCCAGGGUAAGGGCCAAGGCCCUGCUC